AUGGCUGUACUCUUCAGGAAGAGUCGACGGCUGGAUGCUUACGUGCCAAGUCUAGUGGGUGUUGAGUUAGCCAGAGAGGUCUAUAUUCGAGGAAACGACGAAGUUGUGGGCAUCACGGACACGGGAUUGUAUCUGUACCACCUAUCGGCGCGCAAAGUUGUCAUGUACAAUUGCUGGGCAAACAAAGCGGAUGAAGCCGAAACUAAUCCUUGUGAUCACGGUACUCACGUCGCUGGACUGUUAGCUGGCAGCUCAAUUAGAGGUAAACAUGCCAAUCUCGGCAUUGGCGACAAGACACGGAUAUCAUUUAUGGACAUCGGGACCCAGGGCGAAACCUGCGCAGGUCAGCUGCAUUGUGCCUCAAAUGACGCUGGUGCCAAGAUUUUCUCAUUCUCGUGGGGCACACCUGGAUCGGAUUACAGCUCACAAGCCAGAGAUUUGGACGCUUUUAUUUAUGAAAACCUAGACGUCCUGGUGGUUGUGGCGGCAGGCAACAGUGGCGAGUCUUCGACUACUGGUCAGCGCACCAUUUCAUCUCCAUCCGGUGCCAAAAUCGUAAUAUCGGUUGGCGUAUCGCUGAACUCUGCAGCUUCUUUCACAAACUUUGGGUGCCCUGAUGUCUUCAAUGAGCGCACAGUUGCAUCGUUUUCCUCUGCAAGGUUCACAACGGACGGGAGGUUGAAACCGGAUGUUGUUGCGCCGGGUAUGAGCCUCUUUCAUUGCUCACUCCAGGGCACGUCACAGGCCGUGUGGCCUGGUGAUCACUGGUGUCGCUGUACUUCUACAUAA